UACACGUUUAAACACCUGUCAAACAAAUUCUAGACACCUCGUUUUGAUGGAGGUGUAACAAAACUGCCAAGUGAUCUAAAGAGAGACCAAUCUUGCGAUACGAGCACAAACUUUGUCCCCCUUCAAUAUAUAACUUCUGUGUAGGUUCCAACCCAUCUAAUAUUCUUCAGUACAACAUUCCAGCUCAAUCCAACAGUCUACUUCUCUAAUCUCAUUCGCCGGUCGAAUUCGUCUUUAUAAUUCACUAAUAGCACUUCAUCUUUCUUUCGUCACUCUCAAGUCCAAAUUAACCAGCAAAAUGAAGUUCCUCUCAGUCGCCCUCCUCGCCUUGAUUGGCACUUCCGUCGCCAUGCCAUUGAACCCUCGGGCUAGUACAGCACCAAAGAAACCAUCAACCACAACCCCUGGCGCCGCUGCUAAGACUUCAGCUCCUGCUGCCAAAGCCUCUGCACCUGCUACUGCUGCAAACAAUCCACCCGCGACCGAUGCUCCAGCAACUAUCCAGGGCAACUCCAACGCCGCCAUGGUCAUGUAUGCCGCCGGUGCCUUUGCCAACGAUGCCAUGACUGUUUCCGCAUCUUUGAACACUCUCGGAACGGAGACCGACCCCGAGAAGAUCAGACAGAUCGCCACCACUGCCUUCCAGGCCGAGUCCGAUGAGGACCAAAGACGUAAUGUCCUUGCCACAGCCGCAGGAAGCGCUGGAGCCAAGAGCAACGCCUUGAUCGUUAAGAACACCCCAGCUGUCCUUGAUGGUCUCAUGAAGAUCCAAAACGACCCUACUCCAGAGACUGCCGCCGCGGCACUUCCAGCCAUUGAGCAAGCCAGGUAUGUUUCUUGUUCCCUGCAACCAGACAUUUGCUGACCUGACACAGAAACCCCAACAUUCUUCCUAGCAUCACCCAGCUUUCCCAGGCUGCUUUGGACAAUGCCGGUGUCACAUCAAUGACUGCAGUCACGUUCCCACUCACAGUUGGCUCCACUGGAGGCGCAGCCGCUACUCAGUGAAGUGGCAAUUCGUAGCCGAGAAUGAGGUCAAGAGUCUGGAGUUGGGCUGCUGGCCAGCAAAGGAUUUGCAACUCACAAUAUGUAAUUGUCUCUGGUCUGUCUUUGUCGUGUUGAAUUGGGAGACAAGCAUUGGAUCUUUAGGUUCCUAAUUACGCCCAUCGGUCAUGUAUUCAGGGGAAGACUGUAUGUAUAUUUGAGUAGAGAGUUUAGAGAAUGGAAAAUUUUAAACGUUUGUUUAAUCUGUGAGACGAGAUAUGAGCUUCUUAUGUGCAGACCUUGAGAUGCCAAAGGC